GGUCUGAGGAAUAAAUCUCACCAUAAAUGCCACCUGGUAUCAUUUCUGGAGUUUUAGACUUUGCUGAUAGUAUUUGCCUAAUGUUGCUGAAUUGUGUUGUUUUUUUGUUUUAUUUUGCAUAGUUAUAUUGCAUUGACCUUUGCCACUGUUUAAACUUAACUAUUCCUCAGAUGCCUUAAAAUAUAAUUCAACCAUGCACAAAAGUAGUUAAAUGUAAAAAUAAAAAUAGAUAAACAUGUAAGUUCCAGGUGGAGGCUGGUGGAAGAGUGAGACUGGCUAUGAAUUGGGACCUGUCCAGACCUGUCCUAGCUCCUGCUUCCAAUGAGUUGUGCAUUUAGCCCUGGGCCUUCCGGUGUGCUGUGUGGACGUGUUUCUAGGCUGAGAAGAGCUUGGCUGCGUUGUAUAUAUUGUAAAUAGCUUAAAGAGACCUUUUUUUUGUUGAUCUGGUAGCUGUAGGGGUGGGAAGUCGUUUUCUUUUAGUACGUUUUGGGAUUCCCAUUAUAGUUCUCUUUUUUCCAGCCAAGUAAUGUCUUCCAAUGCAUCUCUGUCCACCAACGAGGAUAAUGAUGACAUCAUCAUCAACUUUGUCCUCUACACAGUGACCGUUGUGCUCGGCAUCACAGGAAACGCUGUGGUGAUCUGGAUGGCUGGAAUCAAACUUAAGCCAGCAGUCAACAAUGUGUGGCUGGUGAAUCUGGCGAUAGCAGAUCUGAUUUUCUGUUUCACACGAAUCUUCUCCAUCAUCCAGAUGAAGUUAGGACGGUGGCCUUUUGGUCUCUUUCUCUGCCAGUUUCAUGGUUUCUUCAAACACACCAACAUGUUCUGCUCUGUCUUCCUGCUGGCUGUGAUCAGUCUGGAUCGAGUGCUUUGCGUCCGUCAGCCCAUCCUCAUGAAGCGUCGACGCACCCUGUUCGCAGCGAGGGUGGUGGCAGUCUGUGUCUGGAUUAUAGCGCUCCUCUUCAGCAUUCCCUACUUCACCUUCCGCAAAAUCUACAUGGACAACAACAACCAAACUAAGUGUAAAAUGGUGUGGGUGGAGAAGCCAAAGGAAAACAAAAACACCAAAGUUGCUCUCUACUCCACGCAAUUCAUAUUCAGCUUCAUAUUUCCCUUUAUGGUCAUUCUCAUCUGUUACAUCCUGGUUGGCCUGGGCCUCCGACGCACUCGCCUGUCAGGGAAAUCUCGGCCCCUUCGUAUAUUAGUAUGUUUGGUCAUUGCCUUCUUCCUGUGCUGGGCACCUUAUCAGUGCCUUCUAUUAGUAGACAUUGUGUAUAAUGAAAACAAAGUGGUGAAAAAGUGGUACUCUAUAACAAAGAGCAUUGCUUACUUUAACAGCUGUGUGAACCCGUUGUUAUAUUUCUGUAUGGGGCUAAAAGUCAAGGAGGGGUUUAGACAGAAACUCAUGAGAGUUUAUAAAAGGGCUCUGGGAGAUGAUAUGGAUGGCCAGAUGGCUCAGCCAACUGAUCCCUCUUUGGAUUAAAGCUCUGGGUUAAAACAGAGAGUUGGCGAAAAGGAGUAAAUUUUACCUUUCCCCAGAAAGAUACAUAUCCUUAUACAUAACCAUUAAUAUAAUAUUGAAAUGCCGAAAUAAUUUUUUGCUUCCAUUAUAUGAUCAAAACCAGUAUUUCAGAGUGAAACAUAAAAGGUGGGAAGACUAGAGUAAUGAUAAUCGAUCAAAUUAAAAGAUUUAUCAACAAAAGCUCAACUAAAGAGGUGUGUGAACUCCUACCUUCCGCUAAAUCUGUUUCACCAUCAUUAUAUUUAAAGUCAAGUCUUAAGAACAGUGAUAAUUUCUUUGUUGUUUAUUUGUUUAUAAUCCUGCAAAAUUCAUAUUGACACCAGAAAGUCAAUCAUUACGUCAUAUUUUACAUAUUAUAUAUUAUGGUUUUGCCUUUUUCUUUUUUCUUUUGUUUAUCUAUAAUUACCUAAUUAUAUAUAAACGGGAAUAAUUAAGUUGUUAACCCUUGGUAAGUUGUUGCCAAAGCAGAAGUCAAAUAUCUUCAAAGGUUUAGGUCUGAGGAAUAAAUCUCACCAUAAAUGCCUCCUGGUACCAUUUCUGGAGUUUUAGACUUUGCUGAUGGUAUUUGCCUAAUGUUGCUGAAUUGUGUGGGUUUUUUUGUUGUUUGCAUAGUUAUAUUGCAUUUACCUUUGCCACUAUUUAAACUUAGUUAUUCCUCAGAUGCCUUAAAAUAUAAUUCAACCAUGCAGAAAAGUAGUUAAAUGUAAAAAUAAAAAUAGACAUGUAAGUUCCAGGUGGAGACCGGUGGAAGAGUGAGGCUGGCUAUGAAUUGGGACGUGUCCAGACCUGUCCUAGCUCCUGCUUCCAAUGAGCUGUGCAUUUAGCCCUGGGCCUUCCGGUGUG